AUGUUUGCCUCGCCGACGGCCCUCCUCCGCAAUGCGUUGCGUAUCCUCGUGCCAGUGGCGGUAGCGCUGACCGUAUACACCUACCUGUACCCGGUCUUUGGGCAAUGCGCCUUUCCUCUGCCGCCUCGACCGACGACGGAAUACUCCGACACCGACAGCGCAUCGUCCGCGUUCCGAAAGACACUUGGCCUGCACCUCCCGUCAAGGCUUGAUGGUUUGCUUCCGGGCCGCAGUGGCUUGGCAAGCCGCCCGCUCGCUCCUUUCCGAAUGCUCGCGCUCGGCGAUCCGCAGCUCGAAGGCGACACGUCGAUCCCAAACGCCUACAGCGACCAGUCCUUCCCCAACCUCGUCCACGCCUUCAAGCUGGCCACGUUCCAGAAGAUCCCCUCCGACUACGGCGAAGAAAACGGCCCCGAUGAUGACUCUGUCUCCUCCAUGACCCUCCGCGAGCGCAUGCGCCAGACGCUGCACGACCUGGUUGACUUUUGGUUCCUCGACAUUCCCAACACGAUCCUUUCCGGCCGCAAGCGCAUCGACUUGUUUGGCAACGACUUUUACCUUGCACACAUUGUGCGUUUGAUGCGCUGGUGGACGGUACCAACGCACAUAUCUGUCUUGGGCGACCUUCUGGGAAGCCAGUGGGUGGACGACGACGAAUUUGAGCGACGUGCUUUUCGCUUCUGGAACCGCGUCCUCAAGAACGGCGAGCGGAUCCCCGACGAAUUGGCCAUGUUCCCGGCUGAUGAGUACGACCUGUCUGGGUACCUGGGUAUGCCGGCCAACACGAGCACCCCCAUCAACCAGACAGUGGCAGAUAUUGCCGCUUCUUGGACCCGCCGCAUCAUCAACGUGGCCGGCAACCACGACAUUGGCUAUGCCGGCGACAUCACCGCUGAGCGCCUGGCACGAUUUGAGCGCCAGUUUGGCAAGGCCAACUACGAGCUGCGGUUUGAGCUGCCCGUCGACCGUCUGAGCGCCGACGCGCGUACCGCCGUGUUCGACGACGAGACCAACCCGGACUCGCAUCUCCUCGUGCCCGAGCUGCGCAUUAUUAACCUCAACGACAUGAACCUAGACACGCCCGCCUACAGUGCGGACAUCCAGGACCAGACCUACAACUUUAUCAAUGCCAUCAUCAACACCGCAUCAGCCGUCGAGUUCAAGGGCCAUUUUACCAUUGUCUUGACGCACAUCCCGCUCUAUAAGCCCGAGGGGGUUUGCGUUGACGCGCCUUAUUUUGCUUUCCACGACGACGAUGGAACGCUCCGCGAGCAGAACCUCUUGAGUGAGGACGCCAGCGAGGGUUUCCUGCAGGGCAUCUUUGGGAUGCACGGCGACCGCAACGCGCCUGGAGGCGGACAGGGCCGCCGCGGCGUGAUUCUGAACGGUCACGACCACGAGGGUUGCGACACGUUCCACUAUAUCAACCAGUCCCACAAGAUUCCCAACGAGGACCGUCGCUGGGAGACAGCGACGUGGGCGACUGCGCGGACCGAAGGUUUGCUGGGCAAAGAACGCGAUGGAUUGCCGGGUGUGCGGGAGAUUACCGUGCGCAGCAUGAUGGGCGAAUUUGGAGGCAAUGCCGGCCUGCUCAGUGCCUGGUUCGACGAGGAUGCGUGGGAGUGGCGUUUCGAGUACGCGACCUGUGCAUUUGGCCGGCAACACGUAUGGUGGGUGGUUCACAUUGUGGACUUGGUCGCGGCUGGAUUGCUGCUGGUUUUCUACGCCGUGAGGACGUAUGAGUCACUCGCGGGAAAGCCGCUGGCCUGGCCGAGUUGUGCAAAUAUUCAAAAGAAGGAGCUGCCAAAGGACAAGUCGAAGCCGGCGAAGGCGGCUAUGGCGAGUGCAGAGAAAGGUCUGAAACCAGUGUCUAAUGGCACUCCAAACCGAUGA